UUUCUUUUCUUUUCUUUUUUAUAUCAAACACCAUCUAUAAAUUAAUAUUCCAUUCAAACUCCACGUUUCUGUCUUCAGUUGUUGUGUAGCUAUAGCUAGACCUUCCAUUCAUUCAUUCACAAUUAAACAAACAUAUAUAUUAUCUCAUUGUCUGUUUAAUUCAUCAUAAUCUCCUUCUUAACAGAACAGGCCGGCUGCUUGUUUUGUGGUGGAUUAACCACAAAAAUUUGCAAGAUUUUGUUGACGUCUAGAAGCAAAGGUGUGUGUGAGAAAAUGAAUGUUCAAAGUAAAAUUGCUGUAACCCCUUUGCCAAUGGAGGAAGCGUGGCUUCUUUUCAAACGUGUGGUUGGUGAAAGAGUGGAGACUGAUGUUGAUUUGAAACCGGUUGCAGAGGAGGUUGCUAAAGAGUGUGGUGGAUUGCCACUCCUCAUUCAAGCUGUAGGGAAUGCUUUGAAAGACGAAAGCAUCGAUUCAUGGAAUGCAGCCCUUUCUCGACUUAUGGAACCUGCACCAUCGGAUAUCGAUGAGGAGACACGGAAAUCAUUUAACCAUUUGAAGCUAAGCUUUGACUAUCUUAAAAGUGAAGAAGCCAAGUCAUGCUUCUUGCUUUGUACUUUGUUUGCUAAUGACCAGGAUAUUUUUUUGGAAUACUUGGUAUGGUACGGGAUGGGUUUAGAAAAGUUUGAUGACGUGGAAAGCAUACAGGAUGCAAGAGGCCGGGUUCAAAAUGCAGUGAAUAUCCUCAUUUCUUCUGGCUUGUUAAUGAAUAGCGCAUAUGAUGGAUGUACCAAAAUGCAUGAUGUUGUUCGUGAUGUGGCAUUGUUAAUUGCAUCUCAAGGCGAUAACAAAUUUCUGGUGCGGGAAGGUUUAACUGAAUGGCUACCAAGAGACACCAGCUUAGAAAGCUACGUGGCAAUCUCGCUGGUGUAUAAUGACAUCAAAAAGCUUCCUGAUUUUGAGAUUCAUUUACCGAACCUUCAGUUAUUCUAUUCAUAUUGCAAUUAUGAUUUGUCAAUGAUUUCUGACGAAUUCAUUCAGAGCAUCCAAAAGGUGAAGGUUUUAGGUAUCGCAUGGACUAAUAUAUCCUUGCCACAAUCAAUUCAACUACUCACAAAACUUCGCGUGCUCAAUCUUUACGGAAAUAAAUCUGUCAACGGAAUUUCAAUACUUGGGGUGUUGAGAGACCUCGAGAUUCUAAUUCUAAAUGAAACUGGAAUCACUGAAAUACCUAAAGAGAUUGCUCAGUUAGUAAACUUGAGGGUGCUUCAAAUAAAUGGUUGUAAGGAUCUUAUUCACAUAACACAAGGUGUUAUAUCAGCGCUCUGGAGAUUGGAAGAGUUAUCCAUUGAAUUCAUGUUGAAGUUUGUAGGAGCUUUUGAUUGUAUCGUUGAGGUAAUGAGCUUGUCGAAGCUCACAUACUUGGACUUAACAGUUCCAAGUAUUGAUGAUAUUCCUAUUCAAGAACAAGGUUUCAAUUCUGAAAAAUUGAAAACUUUUGUGGUUCAAAUAGGUGAAUACAAUCGAUUUACCUUGAUCAAGAGUUUAGUCUUAUGGUCAGGCUGUUAUCUAGUUCUCUCAACACCAUAUAUUAGGAUUCCAUUAGAUAAGUGGUUAAAGAAAUUGAUCGGAAAUCGUCCUGUUACAUUUCUAAAUGGAGCCGAAAACAUAGAUAAUAUUAUGCCGACCCUGUAUGAUGAAGGUUUCAAAAAGUUAGAGCACAUUAAGCUGGACAAUUGCUCAAAUGUCUCAUGCUUAGUGGAAGAAGGUACAAAAAGGCGUGACGAAGAUGAAGGGAAAAAAGGGGGAAAGUUUUUCGAGGAACUAAAACACCUUGAAUUGGACGUUCUAGAUAACUUGGAGGUAUUAUGGAAAUGCCCGGAUGAAUAUAUAAGUCUUACAAACCUAGUCACUCUUAGUAUUUACAAGUGUAAUAAGUUAAAAAGACUAUUCACAUUGAGCGUAGCACAAGGCCUUGUCAAUCUCAAGGAUCUGUAUAUCGGAGAUUGUCAUGGUUUAGAGGAAGUGAUUUGGCAUGAUGGUGGAGAGGAAAUCGGCAGAGGAAGUGAAGAAAUAGUUGAACAACAACAAUGUUAUUCUUCUUCUGCAGCAAAUACGGAUGUUAUUAUUGUCUUUCCUUCGCUUACCAGGAUAACGUUAAUGUAUUUUGAAAGUCUCAAAAGCUUCUUCAACUCGAAAGCUGGGGAUGAGAAUUGUGGCAUCAUCAUCAAAUAUCCGUCUUUGGUGGACGUUGAAAUCGGUUGGUGUUUAAGCAUUAAGAUAUGGGGACCCGGAAUCCAUGAAACACCUAACCUCAAAAGUUUGGUUGUUGAGUCUGAUGAUUAUAUUGAGCCAAUAUUACUGGAUUCACCCAAUGCCAUAAAUGAGGCUGUGGAAAAAAUGUGGAGAAUUUUGAACCAGGAAGAACUUUAUGAACCGGAACAACGGGAAGAAGAAGAAGAUGAUAGUGAAAAUGAAGAUGAAGGAAUAACAUUUCCGGCUUGAUUUGAUCCGUAUAUCAUCUCUCUAUAUUGACGAGAGCGAAGUUACUUGAACCCCGAGUCUCAGACUCUGCUGUCUGAACUGAAUAAGCGCAGGCUCCUCAAUUCCAAAAGCUUAACAAGAACUUAAUUGAAUUGGUGGGUCCUUAAACCAUAUGACUUCAAAUACGUCAUUGACUGGUAUGGUGUAGCAGAUAGAUCAGCAUGAGCUUUGUGCUGCUUGAUUGAAGGAGAGAGCAGCAUACAAUAUGCUCUUUCACAAAUUGGCAGCUGCAUUCAAUUUGGAGAAGAUGCUGAUGUGAAGAUUAGGGAUUUUGACCCAGAUGAAGAUCAGGACUAGAAUGUAUAUGGUCUUCUAAUUAAGAUUACAUAAUUGUUUAUCUGCUUUUGGCCUUACUGUUGAUAUUGUGAACAAAUGCCAUAUAUUCUUUUGAGUAACAUGUCUGUGUUCUAUAUAUAUAAUAUAUGGAGGUGGUUCGACAGUUGGGUAAAAA